AUAAAACGAGACCGCGGUAUGGUUAUAGUAGGGUAUUUGAAAGAAAUAGAUUAAGAUUAAUUAGCAGAUUGUGUCUUACGCAUAUACCUUUAAUAAUUCAUAUUCAUAAAUAAAUAAGUAAAAAAAAAAAAAAAAGAAAGAAAAACAUGUCGAUUAUAUCAGAAUUCGGGGACACCAAUAAUUUUAGUUCAUCAUGGGUAGGGACACUAUUGCUGACGUAAUAACCUCUAUACGAAAUGCCGACAUGGAUAGAAAAAGAGUGGUUCGAGUACCAUCUACUACUAUUACCGAAAACAUUGUUAAAAUACUUUUACGAGAAGGUUUUAUCGAAAACGUAAGGAAACAUUGGGAAAGCAACAAAUAUUUUUUGGUUUCAACCCUGCGACAUAGAAGGAAUAGGAGAAGGCCUUAUAGAAAUCUUUUAAAUUUAAAACGGAUCAGUCGACCCGGUUUACGAAUCUAUUCUAACUAUCAACGAAUUCCUAGAAUUUUAGGUGGAAUGGGAAUUGUAAUUCUUUCUACUUCUCGAGGGAUAAUGACAGACCGAGAGGCUCGCCAAGAAGGAAUCGGCGGAGAAAUUUUGUGUUAUAUAUGGUAAUCCUUCUUAUAUCCGAAUUGGAUCCGAAACUUCCCAUUUGUGAAAAAAAAAAAAGAAAGGGCAGGUUGUCUAAUAUCGUUCCUCCUCCAUUAGUUGAUACUUCAAGGAGAUUUUACCUGGAAUGAAAGAACAAAAAUGGAUUCAUGAAGGUUUAAUUACCGAAUCGCUUCCCAAUGGUAUGUUCCGGGUUCGUUUAAAUAUUGAGGAUCUGAGUCUAGGUUAUGUUUCGGGCAAGAUCCGACGUAGUUUUAUACGGAUACUGCCCGGGGAUAGAGUCAAAAUUGAAGUAAGUCGUUAUGAUUCAACCAGGGGGCGUAUAAUUUAUCGACUCCGCAACAAGGAUUCGAAGGAUUAGGGGGUUUUUUACCUUCAACAUUCCCUUCCGUGGGAAUACAAUUCGAGAUUCAAAAUUUUAAGAAACUUAUUUUCUUCCAAGAAGUAGAUUCAGAAUUAAGGCAAGGAAGGGCAAAUAUGAAAAUAAGGGCUUCUGUUCGUAAAAUUUGUGAAAAAUGUCGACUAAUCCGCAGGCGGGGACGAAUUAUAGUAAUUUGUUCCAACCCGAGACACAAACAAAGACAAGGAUAAUCUUUCUAAAAGAGACUCUCUAAAAGACCCGAUGUAAAAAUAAACAGAAAAGGUCUGUUUUGACAUGAAAUGGAUAUAUCCAUAUAUCUCUGACUCAUAUUUAUGAGAUGAUAAAAUAUGGCAAAAGCUAUACCAAGAAUUGGUUCACGUAGAAAUGCACGUAUUGGUUCACGUAAGAAUGUGCGUAGAAUACCAAAGGGGGUUAUUCAUGUUCAAGCAAGUUUCAAUAAUACCAUUGUGACUGUUACAGAUGUACGGGGUCGGGUAGUUUCUUGGUCCUCUGCCGGUAGUUAUGGGUUUAGGGGUACAAGACGGGGGACACCUUUUGCUGCUCAAACUGCAGCAGGAAAUGCUAUUCGUACAGUCGUGGAUCAAGGUAUGCAACGAGCGGAAGUCAUGAUAAAGGGUCCCGGUCUCGGAAGAGACGCAGCAUUACGAGCUAUUCGUAGAAGUGGUAUACUAUUAACUUUCGUACGGGAUGUAACCCCUAUGCCACAUAAUGGCUGCAGGCCUCCUAAAAAAAGACGCAAAGUAACAGUAUCUACUCGGACACUACAGUGGAAGUGUGUUGAAUCAAGAGCAGACAGUAAGCGUCUUUAUUAUGGACGCUUUAUUCUGUCUCCACUUAUGAAAGGCCAAGCCGACACAAUAGGCAUUGCGAUGCGAAGAGCUUUGCUUGGAGAAAUAGAAGGAACGUGUAUCACACGCGCAAAAUCUGAGAAAAUACAACACGAAUAUUCUACCAUAGUAGGUAUUCAAGAAUCAGUACAUGAAAUUUUAAUGAAUUUGAAAGAAAUUGUAUUGAGAAGUACUUUAUAUGGAACUUGUGACGCGUCUAUUUGUGUCAAGGGUCCCGGAUAUGUAACUGCUCAAGAUAUCAUCUCACCGCCUUAUGUGGAAAUCGUUGAUAAUACCCAGUAUAUAGCUAGCUUGACGGAACCCAUUGAUUUGUGUAUUGGAUUACAAAUCGAAAGGAAUCGCGGAUAUCGUAUAAAACCGCCAAAUAACUUUCAAGACGGAAAUUACCCGAUAGAUGCUGUAUUCAUGCCUGUUCGAAAUGCGAAUCAUAGUAUUCAUUCUUAUAGGAAUGGGAAUGAAAAGCAAGAGAUACUUUUUCUUGAAAUAUGGACAAAUGGAAGUUUAACUCCUAAAGAAGCACUUCAUGAAGCCUCCCGGAAUUUGAUUGAUUUAUUUAUUCCUUUUUUACAUACGGAAGAAGAAAACUUACAUUUAGAGGACAAUCAACACAAGGUUACUUUACCCACUUUUACCUUUCAUGAUAAAUUAGCUAAACUAAGGAAAAACAAAAAAAAAAUAGCAUUCAAAUAUAUUUUUAUUGACCAAUCAGAAUUAUCUCCCAGAAUCUAUAAUUGCCUCAAAAGGUCCAAUAUAUAUACAUUAUUGGACCUUUUGAAUAACAGUCAAGAAGAUCUUAUGAAAAUGAAAGAUUUUCGCAUAGAAGAUGUAAAAGAGAUAUUGGACAUUCUAGAAAAGCGGUUCGCAACCGAUUUACUGAAAAAUAGGUUUUAAAUCCAAUGGGUUUAUUUCUUUUUUUUUUUUUUAGAUGAAAAUGGAUUUUGAAUCUUUAGCACAAUCUAUAUAUUCGGAA